GAAAGGGGUGUUAACACACUUGUUACUAAUAGACAUGUAAGAGUAACCAGUAAAUCUUUUGAAUAACUGUCACUUAAAGGAGACGCUGUCAGCAAAGUAAUUUUUGACUCUGCAAGAUAAAAGAAGGUUGGAGAUUUUUAACAAUAUCAAAAUGUCUCAUGUCUCUAAGACGUCUUAUUCUCCCAAUGCAGCUAAAAGCAGCUGUCCCAGCCAAGCGAUUGAGGAUAGCAAGAAGAAGACGUCUCUGUUGAAGGACAACAGUUGGAUCAGGAGAAAUGCAGUGGAAGACGAAGCAGUCGACCAAGAUCCCAACUUUGGCAGAGUGGUUCUGAACAAAUACCGGUCCAGUGAUGCUCUUGACAGCGCUGAGUCUGCAAACUCAAAUUCCUCUAAGAUGCCGAUAACCAAAACCGAGUCCACUGUAGAGGCUCUCCAAAGAAGAUUUGGUGGAAGUCAGGAAGAUUUGUCCAAGGGCAGAAGCAAAGUCUAUAAAACAAUAGUUCCAGAAGAACCUAAGAAGAAAAGCACAACAACCACCACCAAAAAUGACAUGACUACACAGACUUCAGUUAACACAAGUCAGAGUGUGUGCAGAUCUCCAGUUGUGAAAUUGCCGAGUGACAACACAGAGACCUUCACCGACCGGGUCUUGACCUCAAAGCAAGGGACACCACCAUCAAAACCAAAAGUGAGUGAGACAACUGAUGUCAGAAUGACAGCAGGCACUACCCAGAAAAAGACUGAGAAUCCGCCAGUUGAUCUUAUACCAACAUCCAUCCAAACUGAGUACUUUAUCCCAGAAAGGGAUGAUACUGUCCCUAUUAGUCCCUCUAGGACUGUGUUGGAGAGAGACCUGUGUUCUUACUGCCGUUCACCCAUGAGCUCUGACCCUAAGAUGGUGCUGGAGGAUAUGAAGAUCAACUGCCAUACUACCUGCUUCAAGUGUGAGGUGUGCAGCAGUGAUCUGGGUCAUCUGAAAGCUGGGGACAGUAUGUGGGUCUACAGACGCACCAUUCACUGUGAGCGCUGUUUCGAAGUUACCAGAGCAAAAUGGCAUCGUUGAAGAUUCAACCUUCAUGCGGAUUAUUAUGGGAUACUUUCUAUGGCAGUUUAAAUACAUUUAUGUAUACGUUAAUUACAUUUUGGUGUCAUGGAUUGUCAGUUACGGACAUGCACAUUACUGUGCAAAAGUUUUAGCCAGUGUGAAAAAUCCUGUGAACUAAGAAUGUGUUCAAAAAUAGACAUGCUAGUGGAUUAUAUUUAUCAAUUAACAUAAGUGAGUGAACAGAAGAAAAAUAAAAGUCCAACCAAUAUUUGGUGUGACCACACUUUGCCAUUAAAACAGCCACAAGGGACACUUGCACAAGGAUUGUCAAGGAUUUUGUAGGCAUACAGUCAGGUGUAUGAUUAAACAAUUAUACCAAACAUGUGAUAAUGAUCAUCUAAUGAUCAUAAAUUCAAUAUGUUGAAACACAAUCAUUAACUGAAUCAGAAACCGCAGUGUAGGAGGAAUACAACUGGGUGAGGACCAGGCAAACUCAUCUAACAACGUGAGGUUGCUGAAGACAGUUUACUAUUAAAAGUCAUACACCAAUAGUAAGAUUGAGCACAGCAAAGACACAAAGUAGUUAUGCUGCAUCAGCAAGGUCUCUUCCAGGCUGGAAUUUCAAGGCAGAUGGGUUUCCAGAUGUGCUGUCUCAGAAACAGCAACGUUGAGGAUGGUAGAAGCAGUGAUCGGCCAGAGAAACUUAACGCAGCAGAUGAAAGACCCUUUGCUUACGUUCCUUUGCAAUCAGAAGAGGAAUAGGUAGAACAGUGCCAUCAGUUCAGAAUUGGCAGAAAAGAGUGGGACCCUGGUGAGUCUGGUCAGAAGUCGCCUUCAUGGAAGACUUGCAGCCAAAAAGCCAUACCUCCGAUGUGAAAAAAAGGCCAAGCAACUUAAUGCACAAAAACACAGGAAUUGGGGUACCGAAACAUGUCAGCAUGUGCACUGUACUGAUUAGUCAACAUUUUAAAUAUCUGGUAAUAGCAGAAGGCUGUUUAUUCGCCAAAGGGCUGAGGAGCGGUACAUGAUUGACUGUCUGCAGGCAACAGUGAAGCAUGGUGGAGCUUCCUAGAAAAUUUGGGGCUGUAUAUCUGCAAUUUUAUUUUGGGAUUUGGUCAGAAUUAAUGGUCUCAAUGCUGAGAAGUACAGGCAGACAUUUAUCCAUCAUGCAGUACCAUCAGGGAGGCAACUGAUUGGCCCCAAAUUUAUUUUGCAGCAUGACAAUAACCCCAAAAACUUAGUGAAAUUAAUUAAGAACUAUCUUAAGUGUAAAAAAAAACAAGGAGUCCAGGAAGUGAUGGUAUGGCACCCACAGAGCCCUGAUCUCAACAUCAUAAAGUCUGUCUGGGAUUACAUGAAGAGAUGGGCUGCCUAAAUCCACAGAAGAACUGUGAUUAGUUCUCCAAGAUGUUUGGGCCAACCGACCUCCCGAGUUCCUUCAACUACUGUGUGCAAGUAUUACUUUAAGAAUUUAUGCUGCAUGGUCACCAAAUAUUGAUUUGAUUUUGAAUUCUUAGGUUCACUCACUUUGCAUUUUGUUAAUUGAAAAAUACAAACAAUGAACAUGUCUUUUUGAAAACAUUGUCACUUUACAGCAUUUUUUCAUACCUGCCUAAAACCUUUGGACAGUACUGUAUCAACAUAAAAAAAACUGCAUUAUUUUGUACCUGUCUUGUGUUAUUUCUACAAAAACUGUGCUGAUAUUAAUAUGAUAAAUAUUUGCACAAUAACAUUAAAUAAAUGCAUUUAUAUUUUCUCUUUACUUUGUCUUACAGUCAUUUACUUAUGUGGCUCCACUAGUUGUCAUAGUAUUGCCAGGAAUGUUUGAAGUGGCAUAAUCAUUGCUAUCAGGAUUGCUAUGGGAUAUCCCAAAUCCAGUGAUUGUUAGGGGUUAGGCAAGGGUGUUUGAAACAUCCCAAGGACACAGUUAUCACUAGUUGUAGGCUGAUUGGUGGUAAUGCUUGCACUUUCAGUUAUGCAGCUAAUGCACUUGCACUUGGUAACUUGCACUUUGUGUACUUAGCAAUGUCAGUGGGCGAUAUGACAGUUGCAAGCAGAUUUUAAGUUAUGAUUUCUCCCUCCCCAAUUUUAAGAAUUUCAUAAGAUGUUAUUUUAACAAGUUUAGGAAUUGUAUUGUAAUAUGUCAAAAAAAUAAGCUUCCCAGAGCUUUGAAUGUUCAAAAUCAUAGUGUAAGAUGUUGAUGCAAAUUUCACCCUCUAUCUAAAUAAGUUACAUACCACAUGUUAACUGUCAAGUUAUCUGGAAAUGAAAAACAUGCCAAAUAUUUGACAAAAAAACCCUCAAACCUUUCACAAACAAGUUACAUGGCCAGAACUUUCAUUUAUGUUGGAUGUUAAACCAUCAAUCAAGGUGGUUUGAUAUAUGGGUAAAACCUGUAAUUCCACUAGGUUUUAAACUUUCAGACUACAAAUAUUGAAUGUGACAAUCACAUUUGAAUUGCAUUUGUGACAAAUUAGCAUUGGAGUCAUUUCAAACAAAGUCUGAAUUAUUUAAAAUAAUCUCUAAAUUUAUCAUAGUUCAAACAUCCAAACCCAAAACAAUCCAGCUAAUAUUUUGUCUCAGCCACCAUUGUUUCUCCCUAAUUAUCAUACAUAUCUACAUAUCUCUGUAAAAUAUUACAUGAAUAAGGGCUGGGGUCAGGUUGUGUGCAAUACAAUCAUGAAAAUAAUUAUUUAGUCAACUUAAAUUCUUGUAAAAUGUUUUGUCACUGACGAACCUUGUUAAAUA